CACAUAUAGCCAACAUACAUAAUACUUAACCUAUUAUUGGCAAUACAAUGCAAUUCACUAUAAUAUUGACAGUAAUACUAGCGGUGGGGCAGUGUUUGGCGCAAGAUCAUCCAUGGGACUCUAAGGCCCGAACUGACCAGGGUUGGAUAGAUAGACACAAUAAGCUCAUCCAACAGACGGUCCAACAUAAAUCUGAUGAACAUAUCAUAUUCGUGGGCGACUCCAUCACCCAGUUCUGGGAGAAUGCGGGCCGGGCCACAUGGGACAAGUACUACGCGCCCAGACAUGCCUACAAUUAUGGCAUAUCGGGCGACAGGACCGAGAAUGUCAUCUACAGAAUAAGGGAUAAGGAGUUCGACGGACUCCACCCCAAAGUGGCCGUCCUUAUGAUCGGCACGAAUAAUAUCGGAAACAACCCGAAAAGCACGGUUGAGGACACUGUUCACGGCAUUAAGGAGGUGUUGACUGAAUUGACCGCUAAACUGCCCGACACUAAAUUCAUACUGACCUCAAAUAUGCCCCGAACUGAACCCCUGGGCUCUCUAUGCAAACAAGUGAAUGAAUUGAUCGUGAAGUUUGCCGACAAUAAGACGGUUUUCUAUCAGGACUUGUGGACUCCGUAUGUGUUUCCUAACGGCACUCAAAAGGUGGAGCUGUUUGCCGAUGGACUUCAUCCCAAUGAGAAAGGGUUUGAGGUGUGGCAGCAGUCUAUGGCGCCACUGCUCGACAAAUUGGAUCCAGCACAUUAAUGACAUAUUUAUUAUGAUUGCAAACAUUAUAUUUUGAAUUAUUUAUUCAGUUUAAUAAUAAAUAAAAUAUUAAAUUAAUUGCCGAG